AUGCUAUUUACUCGGGUAACAAAGGAGACGAAUGUGCAUGUCAAGGUCAGCCUUGACGGCACCGGCUCUGCUGACUACAACACAGGGAUACCGUCCUUGGAUCACAUGCUUGAACAACUGGCUUCUCAUGGACUGUUUGACGUAUAUGUGAAGGCGACGGGUGACACUCACAUUGAUGAUCAUCACUCAAAUGAAGAUAUUGCUUUGGCAAUUGGAACGGCGUUACUUCAAGCACUUGGAGAUCGAAAAGGAAUCAACCGGUUUGGGCAUUUUACAGCACCACUUGAUGAGGCAGUAAUUGAGGUUAUACUGGAUCUAUUUGGUCGACCUCAUUUGAGUUGCGGCUUAAGUGUUCCUACAACGCAGGUUGGCACAUAUGAUACACAGGUAAUUUGUGAAAUUUUGCAGCUGUUUUAA